AAAAUCUCUUUCCGACACGAACAUGCUUUCCACUAUUUCAGUUCCUGCUUUCAUCUAAACUCUCAAAACCCAUUUCUCUCUGUUUUCUCCCUCCCUCUUCAAAAAUCUCUCUCCUUUAACCUCAGAAACAACAAAAAGGAACUCACUUUCGCUUCGAUUCGUCACACACUACACUCAUGGCGCCGGCGACGGAGUUUCAAGGCUCAUUCCUGAGCCGAAUCAGCAUCCGCCGCAACCAGAUCAUCUCCAUGGACGUCAACCACGAGCAAGAGCUCGAAGAGCUCGAGUACUUUCAGAAACACGUCUCCGACCGUUUCUCGGAGCUAAUCUCUCCAUCUUCGCCGUCUGAUCCGAUCCUCUCGAUCCCAUGGCUACAGAACCUCCUCGACGUUUUCAUGUCCUGCGAAACGGAGUUCAAAGGGGUCCUGUCCACGGUUCGGAUCUCGAAGUCGCCGUCUUUAGAGAGGCUUUUAUCAGAAAUGCUCGAGAGGAUUCUAAAGGCGCUUGAUAUAUGUAACGCCGUUGUUAACGGUAUUGAUUCCGUUAGACAGAGCAGGCGUCUAGCGGAGAUAGCCGUCACGGCGCUUAAACAGCGGCCGUUAUGUGACGGAAGCGUUCGUAGAGCGAAACGUGCGUUAGCGAGCCUUAUCGUUGGGUUAAACGGAGAUGUGAAAGAUAGGAGCAAUGGAAGUGGCGGUAGUAGUAACCAGCAAAGGACAGCGUUUAGGUCGUGGUCGUUUGGACAGCGCAGCAACGUCACCGUAGUAGGAGGUGGAGGAUCGUCUGGCCACGUCAGCAAGAACUGGUCUGCGACGAAGCAGAUUCAGGGGAUGGUUGGUAAUCUCGUCUUGCCACGUGGAGCAGAAGCCUCCGGGCCAGCGAUGCCGGUUUAUAUAAUGAGCAGUGUUAUGGUUCUUGUGAUGUGGGUGCUAGUAGCUGCGGUUCCUUGCCAGACAAGUAACGUUCUUGUGGCGCCUUUGCAGCUUCCUAAGCACCAGAGCUGGGCUAGCGCCGCUGUGAACAUUCAGGAGAGGAUUGGUGAGGAGAUGAAACGGAAGGAGAAGCGUUUUGGUGGUGGUGGUGGUGGGUUGAUGGAGGAGAUGCAGAGGAUGGAGAAGAUUGGGUUGUCUUUGUUGGAAUUCACGGAGAGGUUUAGGUUUCCGGCAGAGGAAGUGGAGGCGGAGGAGGUUGCGGAGGAGGUGGAUGAGAUGGAUGAGAUUUGCCGAGGAAUGGAAGUUGGAUUGGAGGAUUUGCAGAGACAAGUGAGAGAAGUGUUCCAUGGAUUGGUGAGAAGCAGGCUAGAGAUUGUGUCUUUGGUUGAUCAAGCUUCUGCUGCAAUCUAAUCUAAUCUCUUUUUUCAUUUUCUGGGGGUUUUUUAGUCUUUUAAAAAAAAAAUACUAAUCUUUGAAAAAUAUUGAUGUGUAUAAUCUACAAAACGUAUACAUACACACCAUAUGUUUGGUUUCUGAUAUCUGAAAACUGCAAAACUGUUUACUGACUGAGAUUAUAGGAUUCAUGAUGCUUUCCUGAA